GGUGCCGUUUGUGAGCUCCGGCAACAGAUGGCGGCGGCAUCGACACACGGCUCAAAUCUGACAGGGUGGAGGCUCCGAUGGGAGAGUCCGCAACAAUAACAAGGAUGCUCAUCUGACGAGGGGCCGGGAGGAAGACCUACCAUCGGAAAUCCAUUGACAGUUUCUGGCCUACAGUCUUUGAAUUUCCUUUUGUUCCCUUGGCUUUCUGCUGAAGGCCGCAGAAGCCGCGGGCUCGAUUUGGCGACACACCGAGUCAAGCUGGAGGAGGCGUCAGUGAGAUUGUUUGAAAAGUCUCGCUAAAUGUGUUUUGACAUCGUUGGACGUUUUGAAAGCGGAGUCGCGACACGCAGAUAUAUGGAGAGUGAAUGGUGUUAAUGUGUGCUCAAAAACUGUUAUCGUUGUAGAGAAAAGUUCAGAAGGCGGGCUAUCAAGUUAGCCGCUUUAAUGCUAGUUAGCCGCCUAGCACCGACGCUGAGAUGUGUUGAAUGAAUGAAUGAAUGAAUGAAUGAACCAGCGACCACCGGUAUCAACUGACAACCGGGUGUUGAUUUUUCAAGACUGUCGCUUUAGAAAACACUUAUUUUCUACAACGGGGUCUGCCGGGGUCACUUCUCCCACUGCUUACCCUCAAAUGGACAGGAAUGCGAUUCUUCGGAGUUGGUGGACGGCGGCGAUUUAGCACGCAAAGAUAGUGUUGUGCUUCUGGACUGGUGAUGUUUAUGACGCUGGAGGCUAACUUUAGCUAGCUGCGGAGAUUUGCACUACUCGGACUUGGCUGCGAUAGUGUGAGACUUACACCCAGUCUGGAAUGGGGAAUACAGUGUCAUGCUGCGUCUCUCCCGAGUCAAGCCCGAAGCUCCCGUCGAGGCAGCCGGUGGAGCGACUGGAGGAGUUCCAGACCAGCACCGAAGUGAGCGACGAUAACACCGUGCCCUACCUGCAGCACAUCAGCGACAGAGAGGUCCCCGAUGAGCUGGCCCUGGAAUCCAACCCGUCAGAUCAUGCUCGAGCGAGCACCAUCUUCCUUAGCAAGUCCCAGACAGACGUUCGAGACAAGAGGAAAAGCAACCACAUAAACCAUAUCAGUCAUGUAUCUCCCGGUCCGCUCUCGAAGAAGUACAGCUCCUGCUCCACCAUCUUUAUAGACGACAGCACCGUCAGCCAGCCCAACCUCAAAAGCACAAUCAAAUGUGUCACUUUAGCAAUAUACUACCACAUUAAGAACAGGGACUCGGACAGGUCGCUGGAUAUCUUCGACGAGAAGCUGCAUCCUUUAUCAAGAGAGCCAGUGCCGGACGACUAUUCUCACGUCGACCCCGAACACAAACUGAUCUACCGCUUCGUCAGGACGCUCUUCAGCGCCGCACAGCUCACCGCAGAAUGUGCCAUCGUCACACUGGUGUACCUGGAGCGGCUGCUCACCUACGCCGAGCUGGACAUCUGUCCGGCCAACUGGAAGCGCAUCGUGCUGGGAGCCAUCCUGCUGGCCUCCAAAGUGUGGGACGACCAGGCCGUGUGGAACGUGGACUACUGCCAGAUCCUCAAAGACAUCACCGUGGAGGACAUGAACGAGAUGGAGCGCCACUUCCUGGAGCUGCUUCAGUUCAACAUCAACGUGCCGGCCAGCGUUUACGCCAAGUACUACUUUGACCUGCGGCAGCUGGCCGACGACAACAACCUGAGUUUCCCCCUGGAGCCCCUGAAUAACCAGCGGGCCCAGAAGCUGGAGGCCAUCUCAAGACUCUGUGAAGACAAGUACAAGGACCUGAGCCGCGCCGCCAUGAGACGAUCCUUCAGCGCCGACAACCUGAUCGGGAUCCGACGCUCCAACGCCGUGCUGUCAUAGGCCAGACCGCCGCCGCCGCCCCCCUCCGGAGAGCCAAAGUCCAGCUAGCCCACAGCCAACCCCCGGACAAACAUGGCCGCCGCGCCUGAUCAGCAGGUGAUGGUUGAUCCAGCUGUAGAGGUGCAGCAAACAGCUGUUGUUCUUGUUUUGUUUUGGUUGAAGAAGCCCUAUUUAUUUACUGGCUCAGCCCUCAUGAGGGAGAAGUGCUGGACCGGUGCGACUCCGGUGGAGCUGAUCUGUUUGAAGUCGACCUUGAAUCGUUGUUAAAAUGUAAUUUCUGCAAAAACAAUGUUUGACACAUUUGUCACAGCCUGAAGGAACAGAGCUGGUCUGGAUUCAUACAUGUUACUUUCACUGAAUCCAGAAACACACACACCUUCAGGAGUGUGUUGGUCUCGGUCCGGUCCUCCGUCUGUCGACUGGUUCAUUCUUAUUUGAUCCGAUAGAGCCACGAAGCCAGAUAUUCCUGUCUGGAUCGUUUGGUGAGAGAGCAGUAAAGAUGAUUCCCGUCCAGCUUUCUUCUCUUGAACAGGCGAAUCAAAUGCAAACUCCUGUGAUCCAGGGCUGUGGAGCUCUGCUGUGAGUGUUCACCGUGGAUGCCAUCGGUGUUUUCUCGUGUCGGAGUGUGUCUCCGAGCAGACGCCGAGCGGCCGGAGGGAGAAGGAAGGCCGUCGGUGUCCGGCGCGCGUCGGGGAGUCGGCUGUGCCGGGCGCCAUUGUGGUCACGUUGAGUGAACCACAGGUGGUGGAAGGGGCGCGGCUCCACGCA